GGUGUUUGAAAUUGUAGUGAACAAUUACUAUGAUCAGAACAUGUGUAUGUAUAGUGUUUAUGUGACUAACAAACAACAUAUUUUUGUUGACUCGGGAAACAGAAACUGAAGACCUAUAGCUAUCCGAAGCUUCACUUGAAACAGAUGCGUUUAGACUGUAAAUAUGAAUUUAUAUCCUAACAAAAAAAUGUCAGAGAUUGUUCUGUUUAUAAUGAUUUUGUGGAUAAGAGUUGAAUUGUCACGAUGCAGCGGCGAGGUAGUUGGAGAGGCAUCUAAUAAGAAUAUACAUAGCGGGCAUGGAGGACGAUUUCCAGCAGGGCAAAAUUCGUCUCACCAAAUACCGGGUACAGUUAAAAUUUUGAAAGCUGAAUGCAAUUCCAGAACCAUUGAUAUCACAAUUCCAAUUGAGAAAGUACGAUCGAAAAAAGGUCAAAUUUUGUCGCCAAGUAAAAUAUUUUUCAGAGCAGAUGCAAGUAAACUUUGCCAAGCUAAAUCGCUUAGCAGCGACAGCUACCGGAUAACAGUACCGCUGCAACAAAAAGCAUGUGGCUCUCAAGUCAAGCGUAAAAAGUAUCAAACCGAAUACAGAAAUGAGGUGGUUCUACUUGAUAUUGGAGCUGGAUUGAUAAGAAGCCUUCUCAACUUCACAUGUGUUUAUCAGGAUAAUGAUCAUAUAGUAAUAUUACCGACUUCAUCCAGUGAUUUAUCAAUUUCGCUAAAGGAUGACGUGAAGGGAAAAUUGAAGAUGAAACUUCAUCGUGAUAAAUCGUAUUCGCGUGAAUCAACAAUAGAUCAAGUCAUGCCUGAGAUAUCGGUCGGCCAUUUUGUCUUCGUGUCUAUCGAUUUCGAAUCUUCAAAUGAAGAAAUUGCCUCUCAGUAUCACGUUGUUUCAAACAAUUGUUUCGCAAGCUAUUUUCCUACAUUCGAUGAUAGAAGAAUGGCUCACUAUUUCGUAACCGACGGAUGCGCCAGCAAGUCCGAUUCUACAGUCGCUCUGGAAAGUAAUGGCGUUGGGUGGAUAUCUAGAUGGAAAUAUCAAAUGUUCAAAUGGGUGAAUACAACUUCACAACGUAUCUAUUUGUUUUGUGACGUUAGCUUAUGUGACGAACGUAAUCUUGAAGACCGGCACGUUUGCAACAAAAUAAAUAGUAGGAAAGAUUGCUUUGGAUAUAUAUACGGUGGAAAAAGUCGCCGAGAAGCAAGUAUCCAUAGCAACGAUACAAAGAACGAAGUAAAAUACAUUUUAUCCAUUGGUCCAAUAUUUCCCAAAGAUUCAGUUUAUCUUCUCGAUAAUUCUGAUGGAAUCGAAGAUAUUCUUGGCAAAGACAAAAGUUCAGGAGGAAAUGAUGAUUUAGUGGUUCCAAUAGCAGUUGGAGUCGUAGCUGGAGUAUGUGUUAUUAUACUUAUCGUUGCUGCACUUAUGUUCUGGAGAAGAAGAGUAGCUCGCGAAAAAUCAAAUCGUCAAAAAACGAAAAAGGAAAUUCAGCAAGGGUUUGCUUUCAUGAUGAAAUCUUCAAACGAUCCAGAAAUAUUUCCUCAAAAUGAUAAAGAUAAAAAAUCUGCACCAAAUAGGCGAGAAGACAAACGUGAUUCUUUAAAUUUUGACUUUGAUCGAGUUAUAGAAAACAGCAAUUCUGAAGCUGAACGAGACGAAGUAAAAUCUACCACGAACGAAAAUUUAUCUAACGGACGACGCCGUCGCCAUUCUUCAAUUGAUAAACCAAAAAGAUCGAAUAGUAGAAAUACCAAUGCGAAAUACAAGACAAAACCCUCGAGAAAACGUUCUAAUUCAACUGAAUUUUCAAGUUCAUCAUUGGAAAUUGUUCGUCCAAAAUCGACAGGGAGGGGAAAUCGUAGGAGACAUAGCGCACAAAGCAAUGGGGACUAAAUACAAUGUUUCAGUGAAAUAUGUCUUUUUUUCUACAGCAUUAUUUUUUGUUAUUUUGCUCCAUUCCCAAAUCCCUCACUGAUGCACUGUUAAAUAUUUACUGACAUUUGACCUGCUUUAAAACCGAAAUUUAAUAAAGACUAUAAAUAAAUAAUUACAAACAAACAUAACAUAGUUACAAAUUAUUACAAAAGCAUUGAUUUAUUUUAACCCAAAGAUAAGACGCUCAAAAUAAAAACCACAAUUGACAAAAGGUAUGGUUUCAAAAUUUGAAUAAUCGUAUUUGAUUUGUUUUAGCAAAUUGAUUGCUUUUAUAUGAUAUUUGUAAUGAAUGUUUUUAUAUGAA